CUUUAUGAAUCAGGUGGGGUGUGUUUCUCACCCUGACAGUUAAUAACAACUUCCAAAAUUAACAUUUAUUUAAUUUUAUCAACAAAAACUACCCUCACUUUGCCUAUAUAAAGGAGAGCCCUUGUCUUUCUUCCCUCCCACACUCAUCAACCCAUAUUAUUGCAACUAUCAACACUUUCCUUAAAAAAAAAAUACUCCCAAUAUCUUAAAUUAAGCAUUCCAUCCCCAUGAAAAUAUUACACCAUCUUCUUCUCAUUUCCUUGCUAGUCAUCCAUGGAAGAAGCUCCACUAAUCUCAUGUCUUGCUCCCAAACCCCAUAUCCAGACCUCUGCUUCCAUUUCGUCAACCAAAACGACGACGAUGCUGAUGCCAUAUCGACCUUCGGCGACGAAACUUCUUAUGUAACUCGCUUUCGAAACUCCGCCAUUCGGGCCACUCUCAACCAAGCCAUGACAACCCACGCCCACCUUCUCUCUAACAUGGAUUCAGAUGCCUUUGAUUAUAGAGCUAAAUCAGCUUUGGUGGACUGUUUGGAGCUCUACGAGGAUUCGAUCGCCGAACUCAACCGUUCGACGAUCGACUCGACCACAAUGGAUCACCUGACAUUGCUAAGCGCUUCGAUGGCAAACCAUCAAACAUGUGAAAAUGGGUUCCGAGAUUUUGGGAUUUCUUUUCCGUUUGAAAUUCUCAGUAAUUUCUCGAAAUUGGUCAGCAAUUCUCUGGCCAUCGCCAGGGCCGCCGCGGGUGGUGGUGAUAAUAAUGCAGCUGCUUCGGCCGAGUGGGUGGAGCUUGUGCAGGGCAGUGCGGCGGCGGCGGAUAUGGUUGUGGCCCAAGAUGGGAGCGGCGAUUUCAGGAGCAUAUCGGAGGCGGUGGCGGCGGCGGAGGUGAGGAAGGGAAGCGGAGGUGGUGGUAGGUUUGUAAUAUAUGUAAAAGGCGGCGUUUACAGAGAAAAUGUUGUGAUUAAGAAGACGAUGAAGAAUGUUAUGAUGAUCGGAGAUGGGAUUGGUUCCACCAUCGUGACUGCCAUGAAAAACGUCCAAGAUGGAUCCACCACUUUCCGAUCACCCACUUUUGCGGUGACCGGCAAUGGGUUCAUUGCCAGAGAUAUGACGUUCGAGAACAUGGCGGGGCCGGAGAAACUCCAAGCCGUCGCGGUUCUAUCGAGCGCCGACCACUCAGUUUUCUACCGCUGCAGCUUCAGAGGCUAUCAAGACACAUUAUACGCCCACUCCAAGCGCCAAUUCUACCGCGAGUGCGAAAUUUAUGGAACUGUCGACUUCAUAUUCGGCGACGCCACCGCCGUAUUUCAGAACUGCAAUAUCUUUGUUAGAAAGCCUAUGAGGAACCAAAAAAAUACCGUGACGGCGCAGGCGAGGUCCGACCCGAAUGAGAACACUGGGUUCGUGAUCCACAAUUCAGCGGUCGGAGCGGCGCCGGACCUGAAACCGGUGGAGGGUCUGUACGAAACUUAUUUGGGGAGGCCGUGGAAGGCGUAUUCGAGGACGGUUGUAAUGAGGAGUUCUUUGGACGGUCUGGUUGAACCGGCCGGGUGGCUUCCUUGGGCGGGGGAUUUCGGUCUUAGGACGGUUUAUUAUGGCGAGUUUAUGAACACCGGCGAUGGGGCGAGCACGAUGGGGAGGGUGCGGUGGCCAGGGUAUCAUGUGAUGACGAGUGUUGCGGAGGCCGGGAGGUUUACGGUGGAUAACUUUUUGGCCGGAAGUGGUUGGAUUCCGGCCACCGGCGUGCCGUUUGCAAAUGGGUUGUGAAUGGUGAUUAUGGAAGUUGUCAUUUUAGUGGUGAAUAAGGUCUGUUUGAAAGAGUAAAAAUGGAAAGUGAAGCAUAUGCAUGUACGUGAAAAGGGCUGUGUGAUUAGGGUUGGGAUUUUGUGUUUAGGAAGCAAGGAAAAUAAAUGAAAUAGUAUGCAGUUUAUAAUUUCACAAUUUAUUAUAAUGGAGCUGACAUGAAUAUAACACAACACUUAAGGUA